GAACUGGCCCCCACUUGGGCCUGGAUCGGCCAGUCGUGUGAACACUUCGCCACUGUACCACAGUCAUGGCACACGCAACCCUACCAGCGCUCGUUGUUAUAACUGUGUUACAACUAUGUCGAGCAGAAAUCCCAGAGAUACAAGGAACAUGGUAUUCAGCUAACGCUAUUAACGACGGCUACUCACCAAAACCAAUUUCAGAGUUGUUCACAACUGACAACUCACCGAUAUAUUCGUCUACUUUUUCAGUAACGAAACCUAUAGUCGUUCUUCCGAUAGCCCCAGCAAAUGGAGUAAAUAUUGUACGAGAUUUAAUGUCAAGCACACGAACCACAGUGUCAAGUGCACCAACAAGAAGACAGACUUAUAGCACUGAAGUAUCAACUGUACCAAGCACAUCUUUAUCAACGUUAGAGCCUAUUAUAACUUUCUCAUCAACACCACCGCCACCGGCGACUUUUUCCACUGUUCUACCACCAACUUUGUCCACAUUUCAACCACCAACAUUAUCCACCAUACAGCCACCGACUCUCUCCACCAAACAGUCAUCGACUCUCUCCACCAUACAGCCACCGACUCUAUCCACCAUACAGCCACCGACAUUGUCUACCAUACAAACGCCUUCUACCUUUUCUACGCUUCCAACAUUAUCAACUUCUUCAUUCUUCUCUUCAAUCCCAACGUUAUCAACGUUAUCAUCAUUAGAACCACAAAUAGUCACCCGACCACAAACGACUAGUGUUCUUAUUGAAAACAUCUUAGACCAGCAGUCUACUUUCCCAAUAAAUGAUAAUACUAACAGUUUACCACCCCAAACUGUUCGCAUCGAGCCAACAACACCGUCAAUUUCUUCAACAACUACAAUUACUCCAUCAAGCGCAGUGCCAAAUUACUUUGUCAUUUACCAACAAGCACCACAGAAUAUUCAGACCUUACCCCAAUCGCAACCUCAAAAUGUACCAGUGCUUAGUACAAAUACCCAAACCACUGUUUCUACCCUUCCACCAAUUACGUCAAUAAUUUCUUCAACUCUCGCUCCCUCUACCGUUACUAUUAAUUCUUCAACACAAACAUCACCCAUUUCAAUAAUCACAAACCCAUGUGUGACGAGAAAUCCGUUAACUAGUUUAAGAUCCACCAUCAUUUCUUCAACACCUGUGCCCAGCCGUAUUACACCGGCUACGAAUAGAAUUCCUUCGAAUUUUAUGAUCCGAGUGGUUGCACCUAAAGGCUCUAUUACAAAUGUGAAAUUGGUCGCUACCACAACGAAGAGACCAACAACUAGAAGAACCAAGAAACCAAAAAAGAACACCUAUGAGGGUUGUAUAAAUUCAUGUAAAGGCAGAAGAGACCCACUUUGCGCUAAUCCAUUAGCUGCGCUUAUAAUAGAUCCAAAUACAUUAAAGGGAUUCCCGUCCAUCUGCCAUUUGGCGUGCCAUAAUUCUUAUAGGGACAAUCCAUAUGAGAAACUAAUAGAUGGCCGUUGCAGCAGAUUGCGUACACGCAUCAUGCAAGUCAAUAGUAACACCAAACUCAGAAGAGACGAGUUGCUCAAGAGUCAGUACAGCAUCGUGAAUAAUGCGGACAGGGCAAUAGUGGAAGUUACGAAGGAUAGUAGACUUUAAAUAUUUUGACAAUGAGCUCAUGGAAUGUGGCCAUCGAGGCAUCCUAUAUCGUGGCCCGACAUUAUUUAGAACGUCUCAAUAGACCUACUAGUCCGGUAGAAAGUUCAAAGAAUUCUGCCGAGCGGCUGAUGUUGUUUUUCAAAAGUUAAUGUAUAAUAUAAUGUAACAAUUUUUAGU